GGUUUGACACAGUGUGCGCGCGUGCGUACAUGUUUGAAAGUGUGUGCGUGUGUGUGUGCGUGCAUGUGUGUGUGUGAGCACUCGGCUUCCUGCUGCUGCUCUGUGUCCGCACACAGUCGGUCUCCUCAGUGUUGAUCGGCUCGCCAUGGCGGAAGGACGCAGAGAACAGCCGCCCCAUCCUCUCCUCUCCUUACCACCCGCCAGCAAGCGACCCUGCCUGCGCCCCGCUCCCCGAGGUCCCGGUCCGGGGCCCGGUCACGGGAGCGGGUUAACCAGCUCCCGAUACAGUUCCCCGGAGUCCCUACUGGACUGCGCCGCGAAGGCAGUCGCUGAAAAGUGGGCCUUCGAGCGAGUGGAGGAGCGCUUCGAGCGGAUCCCGGAGCCCGUGCAGCGCCGCAUCGUCUACUGGUCUUUCCCCCGCAACGAGAAGGAGAUAUGCAUGUACUCGUCGUUUCAGUGCCGGGUCGCCGGCGAGGAGGGUCCGUCGGCGGCUAACGGCGCGGCUGUGGGCGGCGCUGGGUCCGGAGCUACGACCGCUGCCGGCGGCGGCGGAGGAUCUACCGUCGCUCCGGCUGUCGUGGGGGGCUCAGCCGGAGCAGCAGGCACGGGAGACGGACUGCCUUUCCGCCGGGGCAUCCGGCUGCUCGAGAGCGGCUGUGUGGAAAACGUUUUACAAGUCGGGUUUCACCUCAGUGGCACCGUCACUGAACCUGCCAUGCCGUCGGAGCCGGAGGUCACCCACAAGGUGGCCAUCAGCUUCGACCGAUGCAAAAUCACCUCCGUCACCUGCGGUUGUGGGAACCGGGACAUCUUCUACUGCGCCCACGUGGUGGCGCUCUCUCUGUACCGCAUUCGCAAGCCCGAGCAGGUGAAGCUGCGGUUGCCCAUCUCGGAGACGUUGUUCCAGAUGAACCGGGACCAGCUGCAGAAGCUGGUCCAGUACCUGAUCACGGCCCACCACACCGAGGUGCUGCCCACGGCUCAGAAGCUGGCCGACGAGAUCCUCUCCUCCAACUCCGAGAUCAACCAGGUUCACGGUGCUCCGGACCCGACGGCGGGCGCCAGCAUUGACGAUGACAACUGCUGGCAUCUGGACGAGGACCAGGUCCGGGAGCAGGUCAAACAGUUCCUGUCACAGGGCGGCUACUACGGCUCCGGGAAGCAACUCAACUCCAUGUUCGCCAAGGUCAGGGAGAUGCUACGGAUGCGAGACUCCAACGGCGCCCGGAUGCUGACGCUCAUCACAGAACAGUUCAUGGCGGACCCCCGGCUGUCGCUAUGGAGACAACAGGGCACCGGCAUGACGGAUAAGUGCCGGCAGCUCUGGGAUGAGCUCGGUGCAUUGUGGGUGUGCGUGGUGCUCAACCCUCACUGUAAGAGCGAGGAGAAGAGCGGCUGGCUGAAGCAGCUGAAGAAGUGGGGUGACCUGGACGUCUGCCCGCUGGAGGACGGCAACUACGGCAGCGAGCUCCCCAACAUCACCAACGCGCUGCCGCAGAGCAACCUGGCGCAGGACUCUCUGUCCAGGCCGAGGCGGUCGGUAUUCAGCCGGGCCGUGGAGGCCUGUGACCUCCACUGGCAGGACAGCCACCUCCAGAGGAUCAUCAGCAGCGACCACUACAUGUCCCCGUCCUACCAGAGGGAGGGCGAGAGCCUGCUGUUCAAUCCGCAGGGCUUGCCGCUCUGGCUAGACCACGUCCCGACAGCGUGCGCCCGCGUUGACGCCCUGCGUUCCCAUGGCUACUCCCGCGAAGCGCUGCGUUUGGCGGUGGCCAUCAUCAACACGUUCCGCCUCCAGCAGCAGAGACAGAUGGACAUCUACAAACACCAAAAGAAAGAGCUCCUCCAGAGGGGCGUGACGUCCACCACCAACCUGGAGGGCUGGGUGGGUCAUCCCCUGGACCCGAUUGGCUGUCUGUUCACCACGCUCACCGAAACAUGCCGCGUGGACGACGACAACAUCAUGGACAUGGGAGAAGGUGACCCCUGGCCCCCGGUCUACCACCACGUCCCCGUGUGGGGCAGUCCUGACGGAGGGGAGUCCUACCUGACCCUGGCCUUGGAGGUGGCACUCAUGGGCAUGGGCCAGCAGAGGAUAAUGCCCGAGGGCCUGUACGCCCAGGACAAGGUGUGUCGCAACGAGGAGCAGAUUGUGGCGAAGCUUCAGGAACUGGAGCUGGACGACCUCCUGGUCCAGACUCUUCGGAAACAGGCCGUGCAGCUGCUGGAAGCCGGUCCGUUCAGCGGCCUCGGGGAGGUCAUCCACAGGGAGAGCAUUCCCAUGCACACCUUCGCCAAAUACCUAUUCUUAGCGCUGCUGCCGCACGACGCCGACCUGGCGUACAAGGUGGCCCUCCGCGCCAUGAGGCUCCAGGUGCUGGAGUCCUCGGGGGGCUCGGGCGACGUGGGCCACCCGCACCACGGCAUCUCCAUCGUGCCGAGCAGAUACCCGCGCUGGUUCACGCUGGGACACCUGGAGUCCCAGCAGUGCGAGCUCGCCUCCACCAUGCUCACCGCAGCUAAAGGCGACAUGUUGAGGUUGCGCACCGUGCUGGAGGCCAUCCAGAAGAACAUCCACUCCUCCUCCUUGAUCUUCAAGCUGGCCCAGGACGCCUUUAAGAUCGCCACGCCCGCCGACAACCCGCCGGACAUCACGCUGCUCAACGUGGCUCUGGAGCUGGGACUGCAGGUGAUGAGGAUGACUCUGUCCACACUGAACUGGAGGAGAAGAGAGAUGGUCCGCUGGCUAGUGACCUGUGCCACUGAAGUCGGUCUGCGUGCACUGGUGAGCAUCCUACAGAGCUGGUACACUCUCUUCACGCCGACCGAGGCCACCAGCAUCGUGGCGGCCACCGUCAUGUCCCACAACACCAUCCUGCGCCUGAGCCUCGACUACCCACAGCGCGAGGAGCUCGCCAGCUGCGCUCGGACGCUGGCGCUGCAGUGCGCCAUGAAGGACCCGCAGAACUGCGCCCUGUCGGCGCUGACACUGUGCGAGAAGGACCACAUCGCCUUCGAGACGGCCUACCAGAUCGUGAUCGACGCGGCGUCCACGGGCAUGACGUACUCGCAGCUGUUCACCAUCGCGCGCUACAUGGAGCACCGAGGAUACCCGCUGCGCUCCUUCAAGCUGGCGUCGCUCGCCAUGACCCACCUCAACCUGGCGUACAACCAGGACACGCACUCGGCCAUCAACGACGUGCUCUGGGCCUGCGCGCUCAGCCACUCGCUGGGUAAAAACGAGCUGGCGGCCAUCAUCCCCCUGGUGGUGAAGAGCGUGCACUGCGCCACGGUGCUGUCCGACAUCCUGCGGCGGUGCACCAUGACGGCGCCCGGACUCGCCGGCAUCCCGGGGAGGCGGAACUCUGGGAAGCUGAUGUCCACAGACAAGGCGCCGCUGCGGCAGCUCCUGGACGCCACGAUCUCGGCGUACAUCAACACCACGCACUCUCGGCUGACGCACAUCAGCCCGCGGCACUACGGCGAGUUCAUCGAGUUCCUGAGCAAAGCGCGGGAGACGUUCCUACUGGCUCAGGAUGGCCACAUCCAGUUCGCCCAGUUCAUAGACAACCUUAAACAGAUCUACAAGGGCAAGAAGAAACUGAUGAUGCUGGUCAGGGAGCGCUUCGGCUGACCACGCCCCCUCCCUCAAGAAGUGCGACUUAUUUGUUUCUAUUUUUAAAAGAAUUUCCUUCUAUUUUUCACUUCUUUUGUUGAGCCAUUUGUUGACUACGUCUUACGUUUUUUUGUCCCUGUUUUGUUGUUUUGUUUCUUAAAUGUAAACCAGGAAGUGUUCGCUCCGCUUCAUUGAGACUGCGAAACGGUGGGGAAACGGCUCGAAAGGUCAAAGCAACGACAACAAAAACAAAGCAUCCCCCCCUUAACUAAUGUUAAAUCAAGUAUGAAAAAAUCUAAAGAUUGUGAUAGCUGUGAUUUAUUCUUGUGGUGGCACAUGACGAUUUAAAAACCAAAAUAUCUCGUUGGAUGGAGGACUUACUUUAACGACUGCCGUCACAUUUCACUCGCUAGAUUGGGAUUUAGUCAACAAGCAAUAUAACUUUUUUUAUAUUAUCCAGUGGCGUUAAUUCCCCCUUCUUGUGCUCUGCUAGGAAGCUUUGGAUCAUACUUUAGGACCUGGGUUGAUUUCAGCCUGAAGCUCAAGUCCCUUUUCCAUCUCAAGAACCUUUUUUUCUGCAACCCCAGAGCAGAACGCCUGGUUGGGUCUCCGUCACGGUUCCUUCCCCUGAAGCCCUGGCAGAUAGUACUUUUUACUCGGGGUGACCUAUGCAGCACUUGUGGAUCAAUUAAGCACUAUUUAAAUGUAACGGGAUUAUCUAAAAGUACCGUAAAAGUACUUAGCGAGAGGUAAUUAGUGUUGAACUGUAAAUGACUGAUCACAAGGACCGAGCUCCGCUUUGUGCAUCUAGAAUCAAAAAGCCUCCCAAAAUAUAUAUAUUUUUAAAUUUAUAGUUAGAAGAUCAUGAUCACCGCCCAACUCUACAAAGCCUCUAGCAUCAUUUAGCUAAUCCCUAGAUUUUUUUUCCCCGCCUACAAAAUGUACGUGUGAAGUCUUGCGUUGCUUCAUCGUGUUUUCCAACUGCCGCCAGUGGCUAACCGACGCUUCCCUUUCUUGACCCCGUGGCAAAGCACCGUUGGCCGUAAGCAGCACAGCAAGAGCUCACCGGUUCGGACGUUGUACAAGCACUUCACACAAAUACCUCAUCAGUGCGUUCCCGCCUGCUUCAGCGUUGAUUUUAUUAAUCGUUUUAGUAACUUUGUACGUCGGAGUCGCAGACACUCGAACGCGACUCGAAUCGGGCGGACAUUCUUUUGAACGGAGGAACAGUUUUCUCGCCCGCUUUUACAUUCCAUGAGAGCGACCUUCGGCCCACUCCCCGGUGAGUAGUCAGUCCCGACUGUGGGGAUUUUUCGCAGAUAGAAGAAUGGAGGAAACACAAACACACACACACACACACACACACACAAUUAAGGAAAACUGAGCAGAAGAAAGAAAAGAGAGGCUAAACUCAGUUCUCAGGGACAUCACUUAAAGAAACAAAAAAAAAGUAGUAGCAUUAAGCAUUUAAGAUAUUGUAAAUAUUAAAGUGUCAAUUCAGAAAAUUGUAAAGUUAUAAUUAUUUAUGAUAAGUAUGUUAUGUGUUUGUUUUUACUUUAUUUUUAUGCUUUGUUGUUAUUUUUUUGGCGGGGGUGUACUUGAACUGUUCUGGACGGGGAAUUUGACAGCCUUUUAUUUGAUUUUGUUGGACUUCAAGGCAUUUCUCAGGUGCUCCUGUGUGCAUUUCUUUAAGAUUGUAUUUUUAGGGGGGGGUGGGGUUGCUAAUUGCUAUAACAGCUACUAUUAUUUGUAUAUCUAUUGAUUUGCAAAGACAAAAAAAAAGUGUUUUCCAAAAGUCGAUGAAAACCAGGGAGGCAUUUAUUUGUAAACAGAUACGUACUAAACCUGACUAUGCAGAACCACUUCGCUGGUCUUGUCGCCUCUUAAAAGAAAGUUAAAGGUGUGGAAGUAGAGACUCAGUGGACUAAACCACUAUUAAAGAUAGGAGGGGGGCGGACGGACAAGACCCAUCAUGCUUGUAUUUGGGCAAUGCGCAGUAGCCGGUCUGCAUACGCUGCAACAUUUAGAGGAGACGGAGGGGGGGGAGGGGGGGUGAAUAUGGUGAGAAAUGCCUUUGUGGCCGAUCAAUGUACAGAGUUUAUUUUUGCUUUUACUCCUUUGUUGUUGUUGUGUUUUUUUGGUUUUAUUUAAUCAGGACUCAAAGCCUUUAGUGUCUUCUCAGUGGUGUCGUGUGGCGACAGCACCGCGGUGAGACGGAACAAUACACGAAAUGUCAGGAGACGGGGACGUGUGUUUCAUUUGCUUUUUGAAUUUUUAUUAUUAUUCAUUGUUAUUACUUUAUUUGUAUCGCUUUGUUCACCUCUUCUAUCUCAACACCAUACUUUGUUGUUCUCUUUCUUAAAAUCUUUCAAUUUCUUUUGGCUGUCCGUCGUCGGUAACCGGUGUGACGGUUUAAGAAGCGACCGUGUUAACUGGCGACUUUGAACCGAACGCGUCCGUUGUUGUCGUAGUUACGGACAGCUGUUGAAAAUAGUAAGAGAACACGUAGCUGCUGCAUUGUUUAAUUUGUAUAGUAUAUAUUAUAAUGUAUAUGACAGGGUUUGACACUGUAUUACAAAAUUAAACCAAACAUUCACGAGGACAGCUUUAUGUGUUCUCUACCCUAUUUUUCGACGGAUGUUCGGCUGAAAAGUCGCCAGUUAACAGGGUCGCACCGGCUUUCAGCUCCGAUGUCGUCGUCUACCUUCAAAGAGUUCUUCUGUUAUUGCAAUGUUUCUACGUGAUGAGGAAGGGGGACAUGUAUUUCUUGGCUACUACUUGAGGCUGUUUUCCUGCAUCGUGGAAUAAAUGAGAGAUACUUUAUGUUGAUGUCGUUCUCAUCUGAAGAGCUCCAACCGCGGUCACCGAAGCUCCUCCCCCGAGGGCGUGACGUCAGCGAAGCUCCUCCCCCUCGGUUCCGGUGUGCGUUCGCUGUAUCAGCCAGUUCCUCAUCGUACCCCUCCAUCCCUCCGAUAGAGGUCUAGUUCUCCUGCGGGUUUCCCAGUUUGUUUGAUUCUUUCUCUCUUAAGGGAAAAUGGGGAAAGUGUUCGUUGCCUCUUUGUGCUACUGAUUAUGAAAAAAAGGUAUUUCCAGUAUUUGUUGCCACAGAAGUAUGAUAGCUUAUCAUCAACACUUUAUUUUUUAUUGUUUGUAACUUUUUUUCGUGCAUCUUUCUUGAGCUACUGUCUAUAAAGCGAGAAUUUAUUACUAUUUAUGUAACGCUCCUACCAUUUUAUAUUGAUUUGUGUUGGAAUCUCAGUGCUUUUCUAUGAAUAAAGUGUGAAACACGUCA